AUGAUCCGGCUGCUGAGCUCCCUCCUCCUUGUGGCCCUGGGCUCACACCCACCGAUUCACAUCCCCUCCAGCCACUUGUCCAACCCCUCCAGCCGUGUGAUCAAUGGUGAGCCUGUAGACCCUCCCCACAGCAAGCCCUGGCAGGUCGCCUUGCUGCUUGAACAGAGUGGAGGCCUGUACUUCAUCUGUGGAGGGAGCCUCAUCCACGCUGACUGGGUUCUGACUGCAGCACACUGUGUCGUAGAUGGCGGAUCAUAUUGGGUGCUGCUGGGCAGGUACAACCUGAGUGAACCAGAGUCAUCCGACCAGGUCAUCAGAGUGUGUGAGGUCCACGUGCACUCGCAAUACGAUGACAAUAAUGUGGCCAAAGGCUAUGACAUCGCCCUCCUCAAGCUGUGCUCCAGUGCUAAGCUAACACCUGAAGUCCAACCUGGCCACCUUCCUCCUGCUGGCUACGUCCUACCACAUGGGACAGAAUGCUGUGUCACUGGCUGGGGCUACAUUUCCGAUAACGGGCCAAUCUCAGAUGUUCUACUGAAGGGGCUGCUGCCUGUGAUAGACUACGCAUACUGCUCUCAGUGGAGCUACUGGGGUUCAACCGUGAAGGAGACCCAUGUGUGUGCUGGCGAGGCAGGAUCCUCUGCGUGUAGUGGUGACUCUGGAGGACCCCUCAACUGUAAAGCGGAGGAUGGCACCUGUAUUGUUUACGGCAUAGUCAGUUUUGGUUCUGGUUAUGGCUGCAAUUACCCGAGGAAGCCCACGGUGUUCACGCGUGUGUCAGCCUACAUUGACUGGAUUGAAAAGAUCACUGGGAUUGAUUUCAGCUAA